UAAGAGAAUAUUGGUGUGAAAGUCAAACCAGCAACUUCCUUUUGCAUGGCAGUAGUGUCCACCCAUGAUCUAGUGCAGUAUAUAAACUCUAUUCUAUAUAGUUGACUUGCAUAACGCAUAGAGAUCUGCUCUUUGUGAAAAGAUGCUUUUCUUAUGGGUUCAAGUGCUUACCGUGCUGGUUGUCUGCGCAGCUGACUCUGCGAACAGAGAUAUUUCAUAUAUAUUCAGAGCUUGGAAUAUUGCUGACCAGCCUUUGCAGGAGCAACUUGCUGUCAUGUAUAAGGAGAUGGAAAGUUUGAAACACGAACAAGCAGUAAUGAAACAAAAGCAAGAAGCCUUGAGCCAGGCAUUACCACACUGUUCACAAAAGCCUAUUGAUACAGACGUGGAAAUGAAUUUGACAUCACUACAAACAGGCAACAGUCAUUUGCUGUAUACCCUCACCCAGGAUGGAGAUGAAGAUGAAGGCUCUGGUGUGGAUGACAGUGACGAAUCCUCUGACCCCUGCAAUCAUUAUACCGCGCUGGACCAAGCCUGGAGAGCCACAAACUACACCACCAAGAAUGUUGCUUGUGACCGUCGUGUCCAGUGGAAGGGCUGGUACCGCCUCUUCUACCGUGGGAAACCCAUCCAGAUGCCCGAGAAGUGCGUGAAGAAAGAAAUGUGUGGCACUCACGCUCCGCUCUGGCUCGCCGGCCGUCAUCCCCGGAUACGAGACGGGGUGGUCACCCGCAAAGUGUGUGGAAACUGGAAAAACAACUGCUGUUUGUUCAAAUCUUCUCCCAUUCAAGUGAAAGCGUGUAGGGGAAACUACUACGUCUACAAGUUUGUCAAACCCGUAGCUUGCCAUAUGGCAUAUUGUACAGAUAUUAACACGCUUGUCUGUGGAACGUGCAAAAAAUCGGAGUCUUGCAUCAGCAGAGACAAAAUCACCUGGAUGUGUAAGAAAAACAAGAGAAGAGUGAAAGCAAAAGUCCAUUUUUUUGUCACCUACCCGGCCAGCAUCUCAGGAAAAGUGAACAGGAUUAUGUACAGGAAAGUGUAUGUGAAUCAAGGAAGGGCUUUCAGCACUCGCACCGGGAUAUUCAGAGCUCCGGUUUCUGGCGUUUAUCAGUUCUUCUUCUCCACACAGACUGGGGGCAGUGGGGCAACUGAUCUAUGGCUGGUUGUGAAUAAUUACUGGGUGGCUGUGUCCCAUAGCAAUAUUCAGGGCUCCAGCUCGGUUGGGAGUCUGUCUACGUACAUGACGACUCUGCGCAAGGGCGCUACGGUUUAUGUGACCCAUAACCGUGGCCGCUCUUGGGCCAAUAAUUCGUCCAAUACCAUCGUUUUUGGGGGUUCAUUGCUUAUGGUGAGAAAAAUCUAAGAGAAUGUAAAAGUCAUCUGAGGCAAAAUUCAGUUAGAGGCCAAUUUAAUAGUACUAACUAAUCGGAUUGACUUGCAUAAAACAUACAAUGGUAAAAAAUGUUCUGCUAGUUCUGUUUAUUCUCUCUGUUUAUUCAUAACUAUUUUUAAAUGUUUCUUCCUGAAAGAUUUAUUUCAAAUGCAAGUACCCGUAACAUUUUUCUAAGUGCUUUUUUCUAUAAAAAUUACUUUGACAUAAAAAUUUUAGACUAACCAACCUUUUGUCUUUAUUAUGUAUAUGUAUACACAUUUUACUAAUAACAAUAAUAAUAGUAUAAAAGAAAACAAUAUUUGUUUCCUUUCUUUUAUCUAUAAAAUUGCCAUAAAUCAUUUUGUUUUGUAUAUAUGUAAAAUUUGUAAUUAUAUAAACAUUUUUAGUAUAUAUAUAUAUAUGGUAAACUAUGGUAAUUAUGUAUUAUGUAACGUUUAGGAAUAAUAUUGUCCCAAUCUCCUAGAGACACAUGUGGGGGCAGUAGAGUCAUCCCAUUGUGUUUAAUCAGGAAGGAUGUCUCUUCUUGGCCGCAGACGGCUGAACAGAGCAACCUGAAGCCAUCUUCAGUUCUCAUUAAACUUACACACCUUC